AUGUCCGGUCUCGUCCUGUGCCUGGGAGCCGCGGCGGGAGAAAGCAAAGCGGCGGCCGCGGGAAGACCGGGGGUCUCCGCCUUCUACCCAGGGCCAGUCAAUCUUCCAAAGGGCGGUGGGAACUCCAGUACAAGAAGUCACUAUGGCUUUCUGAUUGGCGGUUGGCCAACUAACGGUUCUACCUGCCGUCAUCCGGGGUCUUCCCACCCUCCAGGACCAUUAGAGCCUUCCCCAGGCCUUGAUGGGACAAGGUUUAAGAUACUCUUAAAGCUAAAAGAAUUGAAUGUCAAAAUUCAGAGUUCAGUUUCCAUGGAGAUUAUUAAUCCAGGUGAUUUGAAUUGUAUAAGUUUACAUACUAAGACAGAGGUGCAGCAGGAGUUGGAAAAAAGUAUAACUAGAGAAGUAGAAGAAGCUUCUGCUCAAUUUGAAUCUGGACACUUUACAGCUUCUCCCCUAAGAUCAACAAGUACUUUAGGAAGUACACAAGAAUAUGUAGAGAUUUUGAAGGAAACAGCACCAAGACUCCUGCAGCUGGCAAGGCAGAGCCUGCUGACAAGCCUGGCCUUGGCCAUCUCUGCUUUGGAGGAGCUUCCUGUGGGGCUCUUCCCCUCACUAUUUGCGGAGGCCUUGGCUGGGAAACACACUGAGGUCCGAAAGGCUAUGAUGCAGGCGUGGCCUUUCCUCAGCCUCCCUUUGGGAGCCCUGAUGAACACACCAGACCUAGAGGCUCUACAAGCUUCCCUGGAUGGGCUUGAUAUGCUCCUUGCCCAGAAGCUUCAGCCUAGGAGGUGGAAACUACAAGCGCUGGAUCUACAUAAUGUGCACCAGAAUGUCUGGACUUUGGGAGGCUCUGAUGGAGAAGCCUGCAGCAAAUCACGGGCCAGGCAGGAAGUGAAGCAGCCCUUAAAGGCAUUAGUAGACUUUAGUACUGAAAACCAAACCAAGGAUGAAUUCCAAGCCUACCUGCCGCAGUGGGCCAUGAAGAGAAAAGACUUACUCCAGCUAUGCUGUAAGAAGCUGCAGAUUCUGUCAGGCUCCAUCUAUAACUCUGCAUGUUGUACCAUGAAAAAAAUUGUUCCUUACCUGGACAAGAUGAGUCACCUUCGAAUACUUUCCUUCUCCAAGAUGAGUACAGAAUUUCAUCUUUCCUGCUCUAAGAAUGCAUGGUAUUCCUACAAAUAUGCAGUUCAUCGGCAGCAGCUGUGCAAUCUCCAGGAGCUUUACCUGCAUGAUGUCUUCUUCCUUUAUGGAAAGCUGCACAGGAUCCUCAGGAGUCUAAUGCCCUUGCAGAUCUCCUCUUUGAGUUCAAGUCCACUUAAGGAAUCAGACUUGAGGCAUAUGUCCCAGCGUGCCAGCACCAGUCAGCUCAAGCACCUGUAUCUGAGGAAUUUCUCCAUGGAAAACCUCAGUCCUGAGCCUCUCCAGGUUCUGCUAGACAAAGUGGCCAGCACCUUGGAGACUCUGGUCUUAGAGCACUGGAACCACAUCUCCAUGACUACCCUGGAGAACCUGCUGAGCCACACUGCCGGGCUGAGCCAAUUAAGCCAAGGGCUGUAUCCUGUCCCUCUGGAGAGCUAGCACCCUGAAUGUUGUUACUGGGGUAAAGUUGACUAUGAGAGAUUUGCCCACAUCCUUGGUAAGCUGGUGCAGGUACUGAGGGACACAAGACCACCCCAUAAGGUCCAGAUCUGUAC